GGGACCACAGGCGGGGAAGCAUAAGGCUGCCCAAGGCACCAGACGCUGCGAGACCAUUCCCCCAGUAGUAGGAUGUGCAUUGGCAUUUAAUCAGCGUGGUAGGAUGAAUUCGGUUGUGGAAAAGUCAAUUCAUUCCCGGAGAUAAUGAGAUUUCUCCCUGCGAGAGGAAGGGGGCUUGGAAGGGGUGGGACGCGUCACUCGAGUUUCCAUACCCUCGCCGUCAGCUGCUGGGCUUUGUGCUGCUCACUCACCGACGACUUACACAUUUCACAGUCGCUGCCUUUUGAAAAGGGAUUUCCAUGUCAUUGGAAUCCUGUGCCAAGUCUGUUGUUCCUGCGGGAGGCAUGGCGGAGACGCCGAGGGAGGCUGCUGACAGAGGAGAAGUGACAGGAAGAUGGGGGGAAGAGACAGGGUACUGAGAGGUAGUGACACACACAAGCUGAACUACUGAAAGAUUAUUAUUAGACGCAGGGAGGAAAAAAAGAGACGAAGACGAAAACCACACAUGAAUAUCGGAAGCACAAAGGCUUCGGCUGGAGGCUGGCACCGAGGAGAUGGCGACAAAAGUGUGAAGACACAAAAGUGGAUAGGAGAGGAGGGAGACAAAGCAUGGGCUGGGAUAGGGAUGAGAGUGUAGGUGCAGGAUAGAUGGAGUGGAGAAACCAGAGGGACUGGGCAAGGAGAAGACGCCUGCAAUGGUCACCUCUCAGUAGGAAGAUCCUUCAUGGCUCAGCUCAUGGAUGAAGAAUGGAAUGGGCUCUAUGGGAAAGGGGUCCUGGGAGCUCCUCCCAAUGGCGGAAAAGUCUGGAUGGCCAUUUUCCUUUGCUUCAUAAUCUUCCUGACCACCUUGGGCAACUCUCUCCUCAUCUUACUCAUCUUCACCCAGAGGUCCCUGCGAAACACUUCCAACUACUUCCUGGUGUCGCUCUUCAUGUCGGAUCUCAUGGUGGGCCUGGUGGUCAUGCCGCCGGCCAUGUUGAACGAACUGUACGGGAAGUGGGUCCUGGAGGCUGAGUUUUGUUGCGUCUGGUACUCUUUUGAUGUCAUGUGCUGCAGCGCGUCCAUACUCAACCUCUGCGUCAUCAGCCUGGACAGGUACCUUCUGAUCAUUUCCCCGCUCAAGUACAAGCUCCGCAUGACCUCCUGUCGGGCCCUCGGCUUGAUUCUAGCCACGUGGACGCUGGCCGCUCUGGCAUCUUUCCUGCCCAUCGAGAUGGGAUGGCACGGGCAGGGCUUUGAGGAGCAGCCGUUGAACCUGACAUCUGGGUCAGAGGAGAAGCAGUGUCGCCUCCUGGUCAGCCUACCCUAUGCUUUGAUUGUCUCCUGCCUGACGUUCUUCCUGCCGUCUGCGGCCAUCUCGUUCACCUACUGCAGGAUCCUGCUGGCAGCCAGGAAACAGGCUGUUCAGGUGGCUUCUCUGACCACGAACGUGCCCAACGUGUCUGGAGACCACGUGCAGGUCCUCGCCGUGCCCGUCGUGGAGAGCAGGAAGUUCGUCACGAAGCACAGUAAGAAGGCUCUGAAAGCAAGUCUCACACUGGGUAUCCUACUGGGAAUGUUCUUUGUGGCCUGGCUUCCGUUCUUUGUGGCCAAUGUGGUUCAGGCUGUCUGUGACUGCGUCCCCUCCGGUCUGUUUGACGUGCUCACGUGGCUGGGCUAUUGCAACAGCACAAUGAACCCGAUCAUCUACCCACUCUUCAUGAGAGAUUUCAAGCGGGCCAUGGGGAAGUAUCUGCCAUGCUGCAGGCGGUCCAGGGUCAUCUCAUUAUCCAUGCGUAACUCCAACAGUGCCCCCCGGCUGGGGCUAUCCCUGAGGAACGUGCUGACCCUACGCGGAGAGACGGACUCUCUGUAUUCCGCCACUCUGGGAAACGAGCACCUGCUACAAAAUUAUAAGGACCAUAGCACCGACCCGUUGCCGGUCACCGCCGCCGACUCUGUAAAUCUCUUUGACCUGGAACAGGAAAUGCAGGUCCACCAGCUGAACACUCCCAUGGACUGAGUCUUUUUGGGGAAGUUAAGUUGUAGAAUCCAAGUCAGAUCAACCCCCAAACACACGUAAUGGUUGGGUGCAAAGAGAUAAGUGACUGACCAGAUUCCGCGUCCGCACAAACAACAGCCGGAGUGUAGUCCGCAGAAGGGAAGUCUUACGUGGGGUCACAUGAAGGGAAGUGUGAAGGUACAGUGCCCAGGGAAGGACGACACAUGCUGGGAUUAGGAUAAAUCAGGUUUUGUCCCAUCCCGACUGGCGAAACGAUAAAUGAGCUGGUCAGAAAAUGUAUUUGUGGUUAUGAGUCUGGGAUGACUCUCACUUCAAUAAUUGUGCAGCACUUUGUUCUACACCCCUAAUACUCUUACCGUCCUCAGGCUUCCAGAGUAAGGGACGAGGACACUGAGAGCUGAAUGACUGAAUCCACGCCAUGUUCUGUUCAUUUAAUUCUGUAUUAAAAUAUUUUUUCUUAUAAUA